AAGGAUUCUCUGCUACUAAUACGAUUACAUACAAAAUUUAUUAACAACGAACGUUCACAGAUGUGUAGAUGCAGCGUGGGAUCGUGUGGUGGCUGCUACCACAUCUAUAUACAUAUAUGCAGCGUUGUUAAGAAUAGGGAGCUCGGUAAAGCUAUUUCAGCGUCAGUCUUCCACCGCGAUCUGCCGCGUGCUGAGCUUCCGAUUGUUUCGAUAUAUCCAGUUUCUUCAUUUCCAAUUUGUAGUGUACCUUUCCCACGAGUUACCUUGUCGCUUCGUUAUCGCGUUCUUUCGCGUUAUCUUAACUAUCACGUGUUCACCAGUCUUCUGCAGCAAAUCUGUCACUGUUUUCGAUUACUUGUCACCCAUGUUUACUCGUUCGCAUCGUAUUUUAAUUGAUUGGCUUACUGUGCCGCUUAUCUAAACGGACACUCGUAUUUAACACUUUAACACUUUCAUUAAUCUGCGAAGAUGCUUUCAAAUCGUGUAUGAAAAAUACGGGAAAAUAACGCGGUUCUUCCGAUUACACAAUUCCAUGAACAAUAGCCGAUUUUUCGAACGAAUCGUUUGAAGAUGUUAUUAUAAACUUUCUGACAAGACUUUAAUGAGGAGUACGGAUUAAUCAUGUUUACAAAAACGGAGUUGAAGGAAAAUCACAGAAACAAUGAAACGCACGAUGCCUCGGUAUCACUGUCACAUUUGAAAAAAAUGGCUCCCAUUGACAUCGACUUCAAUGAUUUAACUUACACGGUACCUUCUGGGAGAAAAGGCACGAAGGUGAUAUUAAAGGGAAUUUGCGGACAAUUCAAGUCUGGAGAAUUAUCUGUGAUAUUGGGCCCGUCAGGCUCCGGAAAAUCCACCUUGUUAAACAUCCUCGCGGGAUACAAAUCGACCGGUAACGUAACGGGACACAUAAGUAUCGAUGGACAGACACAGUUUAAGAAAAUGUCUUGUUACAUCAUGCAAGAAGACCAUCUGCAACCGUGGCUCACGGUACAAGAGGCAAUGCAAUUUGCCGUGGACUUGAAACUCGGAAAUGUAUCACAGACCGCAAAAUUGACCGCUAUAGACGAAAUUCUGAACAUUUUGCGACUACGUCAUGCGAGGAACACAACUACCGAAGGUCUAUCGGGUGGCGAAAAGAAGAGACUUUCGAUCGCUUUGGAACUUGUAAAUAAUCCUCCGAUUAUAUUCCUCGACGAACCCACUACGGGACUAGAUGAAAUAUCGGCUGCACAGUGCAUCGAGCUUUUAAAAUUUUUGGCGCGACUAGGAAGAACCGUGAUCUGCUCUCUUCAUACCCCGAGUGCCAGCAUUUUCGCAAAAUUCGAUCACGUUUACGUUAUUGCCGCUGGUCAGUGUUUAUACAGAAGCACAGUACAUAAUCUGGUACCGUUUGUUUGUCAAGUUGGUAUAGAAUGUCCGAAACAUUACAAUCCUGCCGAUUUUGCGAUAGAGAUAUCUGCAGGCGAAUAUGGUUCAGAGUGGAUAAAUCGAAUGAUAAACGCAGUUGACAUACAGUUUCCUAUCGUCGCUGUUUCUCGGUCAACGAGCUUCGAAUUUCAAUUAGAAAAGAACGUAUCAAAAAUAUCCUGGCUCGAACAAUUUGUCGUUCUAUCGAGAAGAAUGUUGUUACAGUUGUUUAGAAACAAGAAUUACUUGUACUUAAAGAUAAGUUUACACGUAUUUCUUGGCCUUGUCAUAGGAGGUUUAUUUUUAAAUAUGGGAAAUGACGGAUCGAAAACUUUGUUCAACUUCGGCUUCUGUUUUGCUUGCUUGAUAGUCUUCCUUUAUAUACCUAUGUUACCGAUAUUAAUGAACUUCCCCAUGGAAGUGAAGCUAAUUAAACGAGAAUAUUUCAACAUGUGGUACGACUUAAGCGCUUACUAUUGUGCAUUUACCGUAGUCAAUAUACCUGGACAGGUGUUAUUGGCAACGAUAUAUUUAUCAAUGGUGUAUGUGAUCACAAAUCAGCCUCUGGAGUUCUUUAGAUGUGCAAUGUUCUUCGGUACUUGUUUCGUGUGCGCGUUUAUAGCGGAAAGUAUGGCACUAGCUAUAGCCAGCACAUUGAAUAUCGUGAACGGUACAUUUGUUGGGCCUGCGAUUUCUGUCCCCUUAAUGUUGGUCUCCGUACAAGGAAUGGGUGAAAUGGAAGCUUUACCUAUCUACCGCAAGUUGAUAAUGUAUUUAAGCUAUAUUCGAUAUGGUUUAGAGUGUCUUAUAACUGCUUUGUACGGUUACAAUAGAGAAAAAUUAGACUGCCCGUCAACGGAAAUAUUCUGCAUGUUCGGAGGACCUCGACAAGUUUUACGAUUAAUGAAAAUGGAACAUGUGAUAUUUUGGGUUGAUUUUACCGUCUUGAUAAUUAUUCUCAUUUUCUUAAAGAUUCUCACCUAUUAUUUACUUAGGCAGCGGCUUAAGCCGAAUAAAAUGUUCCAAACGCUUCAUCUCGUUGGAGACUUAAUAAAGAGUCACUUUAAUUUCAACAAUUGAAAUCUAAUCUCAACUUACAAUAAGGACGUGCGAAAUAUUAUUUUUGUAAGAGUAAUCGAUUUGUUACGAUCGUUUGCUGGAUGUGAUAAGA